AUUUAAACCCUCAUCUUCGAGAUAACAUGUCCUCGUCUAUGCCCGCAUUGGGCAUUCUUUCCAAUUCCCUUGCAACACCCACGCAACUCGCAACUUCGUCCUCUUCCCUUGACGGGAUUCCCGCCGACCUUGAGACGUCGAUUCGUUAUGCUGGUGUGAGAUUGACUCAAGCCGCUGGCGUGCUGCUUCGACUCCCGCAAGACAUUAUUUCUCAGGCGAUUGUUUUCUUUACAAGGUUCUGGAUUGGUCCAGAGGGAGGGAGUCUGGCCAUACAUGGUGCGAAGGACAUCUCCGCCGCGUCCAUCUACAUCGCUGGAAAGCUUUCUUUAACUCCCGUGUCUCCCCGUUCUGUAAUCAAUGUCUACACCUUCCUUCUUUCCCCAAAGUCCUCACCAUUGCGCUUUGUCAAUCCCGCAGGGCCACCGCCCAGGGCAGACCCAGAAAACUACUAUGUUUCUGAAGGAACAUACCAGUCUGAACGUGUUGCGCUCAUGAAAAUGGAAUCCGCUAUCCUCCGCACGCUUGGUUUUGACACCCAUGUCGCCAUCCCGCACCCUAUCGCUUUCACAUAUCUCCAGACUCUUGGCUCAUCGACCCCCGCUGCUGUGAAGCGUACAAUCGAGCACCUUAAUACUGCCUUACUUUCUCCACAACUACUAUAUGUAACACAUCAGCCAAAUGCAAUCGCCGUGGCGGCAAUAUACCUAGCUGCAAGGGAGACUGGGGUGAAACUGCUAGACUGUGAGUGGUGGGAAGUAUUCGACGUUGAUAGAGAGGAGCUGGGUUUCCUGGUCGUCGCGAUGAGAAGCAUGGAAGCAUUCGCGCAAGCGGAAGAAGAGAAGUGGAAUGGAAGACCGCUGCCGCUGACUGUGGCGGAUGUGCAGAGGGAAAUUGAGAGAAGGAAAAUAAUGGAAGAAGAGGGAUGAAAUGCGCCCAUGGGGACUUCCUACUUCUCAGAUCUCACGAUUAGGAUAGGCUCGGUGGGUAUGCUGAUCUAUGGAUACUUAUGAAAGGAGCCAUCCUCGGUCUUGACGUUUCCCCCCACCUAUGAUAAAGAUGCUACAUUUAGGCGAUCGUGUUCCCCCAACGGCUCCUUCGCGGACUAGUUUGGACCUUGAAUGGUAGCAUGGGCGCCGUAUCCCGGUAACUACUCGGUAGCCCAGAUGGAGGAAAAUCGGUUGCGCUAGGUCAGUUGGCCAAUAAUCUACCGCUUCCCACAAAGAUACCGGAGCCCAUACCGUAUGCACUUCGGUGACCGACCUCGACCGCGGCCACGCCUGGCAAGGCUAAACAGUAGCCUAGAAUCCAGGAUACGACAAGUAGCGUACUGCAGCGCGCCUUGUCCACCGGAAAGGGAUUGCUCAGCGGAUGUUGGCAUAUUCAUUUUGAUGUCAGUCGGCCCACUGCCAGGUACACUGUGAAAAAGGGCUCUGUUUUAGUAUUUUUGUGUUUCUAGUCACGGGAGACAGUUUUCAUCAUUCACUGGCAACACCUGACCUAUUCACCCUAGUGUAUUGAGGUCCCGGGGAAUGUACAUAUGAAUAUAUAAUACAUUUCUGAUG